AUGGACUCUCCAAAGCGGUCUGCCUCUCCCUCCACCGCAGAGUCAAAACGCGUAAAGCUCAACGUCCCAGACGACCCCGACAACGCUCCCACCCCCGUCGACCCAGACAAUGCUCAGGGAAAACGCUCAGAGCUCGACCCCAUACACCCAGCAGACAUCGCCAACCUCCCCCCAGACGACCCGUCCCAGCCACCCUCGGCAGAGUCCGGCUCUGGAAACGUAAAACUUCUCAAGGCAGAUGCCCCUGAAGGCGCAGCAGCAGAAGCUGCCGAAAAUGCCGACGUCGAUAUGCCGGACGCGGGCGCGGAGGAGGACAACGAGUCCGCCGACGAGCCCGACGAGGAUGACCCCGCCGCCGUCGACGCCGCACGCCAGCGCCUCGAAGACCAGGCCCGCAAGUACCUCGCCGCACAGACACACGACGUCGUCAUUCCCUCCUACGCUGCCUGGUUCGACAUGCAGGCCAUCCACCCCGUCGAGCGCCGCGCCCUCCCCGAGUUCUUCAACUCGCGCAACCGCUCCAAGUCCCCCGCGAUAUACAAGGACUAUAGGGACUUUAUGAUCAACACCUAUCGGCUGCGCCCGACCGAGUAUCUCACUGUCACCGCGUGCAGGCGCAAUCUCGCGGGCGACGUGUGCGCGAUCAUGCGCGUACAUGCCUUCCUCGAGCAGUGGGGGCUCAUUAAUUACCAGGUCGACCCCGAAGCCCGCCCAGCAGCCCUCGUGCCUCCCUUCACGGGCCACUUCCGCGUCAUCCUCGACACCCCGCGCGGCUUGCAAUCCCUCCACCCCGGCACGCGUCCCAACCCCAACCCCCAACAACCCAGUGCAGCACCCUCCGCAUCCACACCCGCUACCCCCAUCAAGCCCACCUCCACACCCGCCUCGCUCGCGCUCCGCAGCUCCAUCUACCAAACAACAUCCAAAGCCUCGCGCCCGCUCGCACCAGCCGAGGCCGCCGCGCUCGCCGCGCAGGCCCAGGGCCAAGACGGUGGCGGCGCGACGCCGAACGGCACCGCGCAAAAGGGCGGCAUGUCGUACCAGUGCGACACGUGCGGCGCGGACUGCACCGCGCUGCGCUACCACUCGCUCACGACGCGCGACUUUGAGCUGUGUGCGCCGUGUUACCUCGGCGGGCGCUUUCCGUCGCGCAUGUUCUCGGGCGACUUUGUCAAGCUCGCUGCUGCGCCGCCCGGUGUCCCCUCUUCCUCCACGACCUCCGGCGCAGCGGCGGGGGAAGACGCGUGGACGGACCAGGAGACGCUGUUGCUGCUGGAGGGCAUCGAGCUGCACGAGGACGACUGGGCGGCGAUCGCGGCGCACGUGGGGACGCGCACGGCGCAGGCGUGUGUGAAGCGCUUUUUGGCGCUGCCGAUCGAGGACGAGUACGUCGCGGCGGAGGGCGAGCAGGGGCCGCUGCGCUAUGCGCGCGUGCCGUUUGAGCAGGCGGAUAACCCUGUGAUGAGCGUCGUUGCGUUCCUCGCGGGCGCGGUGGCGCCGCCUGUUGCGGCGGAGGCGGCGCGGGCGGCGAUGGGGGCGCUUGCUGGGGAGCGGGGGGCGCUGGAUGGGGAGGGCGAGAAGGACGGGGAGGAGAAGGAGGGAGAGGGAGAGGAGGAGGGGAUGGAGGAGGAUCUGCCUCCGCCGCUGCCCACGGACGCGGACGCCGAGGACAGCGCGAUGGACGGCGCACCGUCCUCGGCGUCGCCUACGUCCACGUCGCAGCAGAAGAAACCGCAGAUUCCACACACAAAGGUCGCGCGCGCAGCGUCGCUCGCGCUCUCCGCGUCGGCCAAGGCCGCAGCGCGCCUCGCGGCCGCGGAGGACACGCGUAUCCGGUCGUCGAUUCAGUCGCUUGUCAGGCUCACGCUCGACAAGCUCGAGCUGAAGAUGAGCAUGUUCGAGGAGCUCGAGGGCGCGCUCGAGGAGGAAAGGAGGGCGCUGGAGGGCGCGCGGAUCGCGCUUGUUGCGGAGCGCGAGGGGCUGAGGCGUAUGUUGGAGGGGGUGAGGGGCGAGCUGGGUAAGAUGUCUGUGCAGGAUGGGGCUGGUUCUGGUUCCACUUCCAACUCCGGUGGGGCUGGGUCGGCGUUGGCGGCUGCGACGGCGCCGGGUGGGAUGGGCACGACGGGGCAGGGGACGCGUGCGGUGUCUGUUGCGAGCUUGGAGGGCGGCGGGGUGCCUCAGGCGGAUGGCGACUUUGCGCAGCUGGGCUAGGCAACGUAGCGCUGCCUAGAAAAACGUCUUGAGCGGGCUUGAGUUGGCGGUGCUACACUAUCGAUCCUAUUCGUCCGUUAUAAUGUUUUGUAGAGUCUGUUGGCUUUUUUCUGUUUCUUUCAUUAUGCGUAUAUACUUUGUGGUUCCG